GAAUAAAAACCCUCUCACACUUAGGGUUUUAAUUGGUCAGCUAUAAAUGCCUAUAUUUUCGAUCCCUUCGAUCUGUUCAGUUUGUGAGGUAGGGGAUUUGGUACAGCGGAGGCGGGGGAAUUCGCAGGCAACAUAUUCUACGCGGCGAUCAUGGGUAUCUCACGAGAUUCGAUGCACAAGAAACGUGCGACGGGAGGAAAGAAGAAGCAAUGGAGAAAGAAGCGAAAGUAUGAGUUGGGAAGACAGCCUGCAAUGACAAAGCUGUCAAGCAACAAGACGGUUAGAAGGGUACGCGUGAGAGGAGGAAAUGUGAAAUGGAGAGCUUUGAGGUUGGACACUGGUAACUACUCGUGGGGUUCAGAGGCUGUUACUAGGAAAUCACGUAUAUUGGAUGUGGUUUACAAUGCAUCCAAUAACGAGCUUGUCAGGACGCAAACACUGGUUAAGAGUGCUAUUGUCCAGGUUGAUGCUGCUCCUUUCCGUAUCUGGUAUCAGCAGCACUAUGGCCAGGAUAUUGGCAGGAAGAAGAAGGCUCCUGCUGCUGCUAAGAAAGAAACUGAGGAGGGUGAAGGUGCCGUAGAAGAGAAGAGUAGAAGCAAACAUGUAUUAAGAAAGGUAGAGAAGCGGUGUGAAGGUCACAAACUUGACUCACACAUGGAAGAGCAAUUUGCUGGUGGCAAAUUGAUGGCAUGCAUUUCUUCUCGCCCUGGACAAUGUGGGCGUGCUGAUGGGUACAUACUCGAGGGUAAAGAGCUAGAAUUCUACAUGAAAAAGUUGCAGAGGAAGAAAGGAAAGGGUGGCGCUGGAGCUGCCUAAGAAUUGAUCUUGGCUUCUUGAGGCUUUUUGUUGAAGUUUAUUUUCUGGUGCAUUUAUAGUGAGUGAAGAAGAACUUUCUGAAUUUAUUCCACAUCAAGAUACACAAGGCAAGGGCUAGAAGAUUGAUGCAAUGUUUGAUAGAUACUCACAAGGAAACAUAAUGUCUUAAAGAUGAUGAGAGUUUAGAACUACAAGUCAUGUGACCACAAUGGAUUGGUUGCAUUGGUAUCACUUCUACAGUGUUGUUUAGUGGAUAAGUUUUUUAAUUCCAGGCAUUGGAUUCUAGCGAAUUCAGGAUUUUUUUUUUUUUUGAGUGGAGCUGUUCAAAGAUUUUAAGAUACCUUAACCACCAUCUUUUGGGCGAGCACCAAAGAUUACAAUUACUCAUCAAUGAGUAGAUCAUCUUUGACUGAAGAGCAACGACACCAGUGAUUGAGAGAGCAAAUUUAACAUUUGGGUUGAUGGUCCUGCAAAGUUGUUCAAGGUCAUCGAAUUGGAGAGUGACAACAUUUGAAAAUGUGUCACCUAUAUUUAUGGCUGCAUCAGAAUUAGGAAUGCAAUCACUUGAGGGGGUAAUUGAUGGCCAUGCUAAGAGUAGAUUCAUCAUAUUUUUCUGAGGAUCAUCACUUUGUUUCUGCCAGAGUUGCAGUUUUGCCGGUGUCAACAUAUGCAUGCCUUCAAUGGUUAGAGAGUCUUUAGUAAUAGGACUUUAACCAGUCCACAUAUGUAACUGUGUAUAGUUGUAUGGAGCAUAUAUAUCUUGAUUUUGGGGUUACUUAGAUCUCUUUGACACAUAAUGGUGGGGAGGUGAAUCCAUUGGAGGAAUUCAUCCUUUGCCACUUCACUUACAAUAUGUUAUAAAGGAGUUUGUUGGAAUUAUAAUCCUACGAUUUAAAAUGAAAAUGUGGCAUGCAUUCAAUUCU